GGCAGAUAUUUAAAGGCGCCGGCACCACUCGCCUAUCCCUGCCCCGCGCCGUUCGCCCCGUUCCUGUCCCUACUUCCUAGGCCAGGCCCCCUUCGCCCGCGUCCGCCGCUGCGUGCGGAAGUUCUACCAGCAUGUCGGAAAAACUGCCCUACAAAGUCGCUGACAUCAGCCUGGCUUCCUGGGGACGCAAGGCCCUGGACAUCGCGGAGAAUGAGAUGCCGGGCUUGAUGCGCAUGCGGGAGAUGUACUCGGCCUCCAAGCCACUGAAGGGCGCCCGCAUCGCUGGCUGCCUGCACAUGACGGUGGAGACCGCCGUCCUCAUCGAGACCCUCGUUGCCCUGGGCGCCCAGGUGCAAUGGUCCAGCUGCAAUAUCUUCUCCACCCAGGAUCACGCAGCAGCUGCUAUUGCCAAAGCUGGCAUUCCUGUAUAUGCCUGGAAGGGGGAAACGGAUGAGGAGUACCUGUGGUGCAUUGAACAGACCCUGUACUUCAAGGACGGGCCCCUCAACAUGAUUCUGGACGAUGGUGGUGACCUCACCAACCUCAUCCACACCAAGUACCCUCAGCUCUUGUCUGGCAUCCGGGGCAUCUCUGAGGAAACCACCACUGGUGUCCACAACCUGUACAAGAUGAAUGCCAAUGGCAUCCUGAAGGUGCCUGCCAUCAAUGUCAACGACUCGGUCACCAAGAGCAAAUUUGACAACCUCUAUGGCUGCCGGGAGUCGCUCAUUGAUGGCAUCAAGCGGGCCACGGACGUGAUGAUUGCAGGCAAGGUAGCAGUGGUGGCAGGCUACGGGGACGUGGGCAAGGGCUGCGCACAGGCCCUGCGGGGUUUCGGCGCCCGAGUCAUCAUCACCGAGAUUGACCCCAUCAAUGCCCUGCAGGCCGCCAUGGAGGGCUAUGAGGUAACCACCAUGGAUGAGGCCUGCAAGGAGGGCAACAUCUUUGUGACCACCACAGGCUGCGUGGACAUCAUCCUGGGCCGGCACUUUGAGCAGAUGCAGGAUGACGCCGUUGUGUGUAACAUUGGCCACUUUGAUGUGGAGAUCGAUGUCAAGUGGCUGGAAGAGAACUGCGUGCAGAAGGUCAACAUCAAGCCCCAGGUGGACCGCUACGUGCUAAAGAGUGGGCGCCGCGUCAUCCUGCUGGCCGAGGGCCGACUGGUCAACCUGGGCUGUGCCAUGGGUCACCCCAGCUUCGUGAUGAGCAACUCCUUCACCAACCAGGUGCUGGCGCAGAUCGAGUUGUGGACCCAUGCGGACAAGUACCCUGUGGGGGUCCACUUCCUGCCUAAGAAGCUGGACGAAGCCGUGGCUGAAGCCCAUCUGGGCAAGCUGAAUGUGAAGCUGACCAAGCUGACCGAGAAACAGUCCCAGUACCUGGGCACGCCCCGCGACGGCCCCUUCAAGCCCGAUCAUUACCGCUAUUGAAAGCCAGGCCCGUUGUGGCCUUCCAGCUGCUGUCCUUGCCCAGGUCCCGCCUCUCCCCAAGAGCAAAUGGCACCAACUUUGCAAAUAGUUUGUUCAUGUCUCCCUGUGGCUGGUCACCCUGUGUUUGGCCUCUGCUGCAUCCCUCAUACCGUUCCUAGUGUGUCAGGGGGAAACGAGAAGCCCUUCUCCAGCCCUGGUUGCCUUGAGGGGACAAGGGAGACGCCCAGAGGGGGCCAUGAGCUCAGGGGUCUUGAAACUACUCACUUGGUCAGCCCUUCCUCAGACCAGAAGUUGGCAAGUCUGGUUACAGAGCUUGUGUGCUCUACUGCCUGGUCUCUCACCUGGCCGGUGGACUUUAUCCCCAUGUUCUCAGUUUACAAGUUCGCUGGUUUCUCAGCCCAUGACAAGGAAAGGAGCAGGGAGGAACUGCUAGUUUUCAUGCUCCUGAGAGCCUGGCUUAGUGCUGGGCGUUCUCUUAAACCUCAGAGCAAUGAGGUUGCUGUUUUGAGUCCCUGUUUUACAGGGGUUAGAAUAUACGGCUUAGGACCAGCCAGGCCCAAAGUGACUGCCCGAGGUGGAAGGACCCACGCGAGGAAAGGGCAGGUGACGGUUUGCUGCCACUGUGAGACAUGGUUCCUGUCACAACCCUGGGGCAAAAAAGUGUCUCGGUUCGUUUCUAAGGCUCAUGAUGUUAAAAGAGGAGGAAACAUGGUUAAUAAACUUUUUGGUGCC